UCGUGCCUUUCACUUCCAUAGCAUUUUGUUAAUAUUUUUUUGCAUAAUUCCUUAGUUGAUUUCCUGAAAAUCAAACAAAUGUACUUUGGAUACCAUUAAUUUGCUUUUAGAUGUUAUUCCGAUAAAAUUUAGCAAUGAUUUGAUUAAAAAUGUUUAAGUAGUGUAAUGUGGAUCUAUUGUUAUAUAGGAUUGUCCAGAAAAUUUGUACCGCGCCCAAGGUAGAUAUUAUUUGUGGCUGUUCAUAUUUCUCAUUUUGGUAUUUAUAAACUAUGGAUGAGGGAACCUUAAACGAUCUUCUAGAAUGUUCUGUGUGCUUAGAGAGGUUGGAUACGUCGAGUAAAGUGCUUCCAUGUCAGCACACUUUUUGCAAAAAGUGUCUGCAGGACAUUUACCAGAGGCACAAAGAGUUAAGGUGUCCAGAAUGCAGAAUUAUUGUGACUACAAAAAUCGAGGACUUACCUCCAAACGUCCUAUUAAUGAGAUUGCUAGAAGGCAUGAAAAAUUCUGGUGUAGUACCUCCGCCGAAACGCGCACCAAAACCAAAUAAGAGCCCUUCUCAACAUUCUACAGUUCAAAAUUUGGCUCAACAGCAUUUAGUAGAGAGGAGUAAUAAUAAACAUAGCGGUCAUGUGAUUCCUCAUCAACCAUAUGCCAAAGCAUUAUAUGACUAUAUAUCUAAGGAUCGAGGGGAUUUGUCUUUUAAAAAGGGAGAUAUUAUCAUUUUAAAAAGAAAAGUGGACCCACACUGGUAUCAAGGAGAAUGUGGUGGCAAACAAGGACUCUUUCCCUUAGCUUAUAUUCAGAUAAUUACCCCGGUGCCAAGCGAUAUUCCCCAGUGUAAAGCUCUCUACGAUUUCCGCAUGAACAAUGACGAAGAAGAAGGUUGUUUGGCGUUUAAAAAAACUGAUAUUAUUAAUGUAAUUAGGCGAGUUGACGAAAACUGGGCGGAGGGCAAAUUGGAUGGACGUAUAGGGAUUUUUCCAUUGGCUUUCGUUGAGAUGAAUAGUUUGGCUAGGUCCCUUAUGAAGUUGUCUACAAAUGUUCAACCGGGGCCGUCUAAAGUUGCCCCACCUACGCCCACAGCAGAAGAUACUACUCCGCUUAUACCAACUGAUCAUUCGACUUUAGUGCAAAACGUUAAACAGGGUCAUAUAUUAGCUUCAGAUUCUAGUUCAGCAAAUGUAACUUCUAGUAGUUCCAGCUCCACACCCAACAUUUCUUCAAGCAACACCUCAUCAAGUUCGAGCACUGCCCCAUCGUCUCCAGCGAGUCCCCCAACUAGGAAUGAUACAGAAAGGCCUGUUUUAUCUCCUCGUUCUACAAAUAUCAGUCGAAAGCCGGAGAUCCCAAAAGCUACUUCGCAACAACAGGCCAUUUAUUCAUCUCAUCGAACGAACGAAGGGAGGUCGCAUCAUCAUCAACACAACAAAGAAAAGAGGUACAGUCUUAUCAACUUGACAGACAUGGCCCCUGUUAGCCAUUUUAGGCAUUCUGCAGAAAUCGUACAAUCUUCUGCCGCCAGUCAAAUAUCUACUGGAUCUGAUAGAAGCAAAAGAUCAGCGCCAUCUGCCCUAGGUGGUGAAUUAAAACUCCCUGCUACGUUUAUGGCAUUAUAUCCAUACCAGCCACAAAAAUAUGACGAAUUAGAACUUAAAAAAGGAGGUGUUUAUAUUGUUACAGAAAUCUGUCAAGAUGGUUGGUACAAGGGUACCUCGAACAGAACCCAAAAAUGUGGAGUGUUUCCGGGAAAUUAUGUGACGCCGGCCAGGGGAGUCGCUGGACAGACUUCUACAGCCAGUCUUACCGAUUCUCGUCUACCAGUAAGUUUUACGCGAAGCAAGCCAGUCCGAACUCGGACUACGGCCCUUUUGCCUCCCGAGUUGCCUCCUAGAGCAAACGUUUCCCCUGGAACAAAUGUGUGGGCCGUUGAAACUAAUACCGUUACUAACGCUCUAGCUAAGUGUGAAAAGAAUAAAGAUCGCAAAGAAAAAAGCAGUGUUAGUCUGAUGCGCCGCUUGGCAAGUAUGAAGCGCUCCAAAUCUCCACCAGCUUCUUCUUAUUCCAUGGAUAAUCCGGUCUUUGAAGACUCGACUGUUUCCACCAGUGGUCAUUCUGGUUCAGUUAACGCGAAUCCCGUACAUGUUAGAUCAGGUUCGUGCCCCAGUCAGUUGUUACAACUGCAGCCUCCGGUGGACCAUCACAGAUUAUUCGGAUCGUCCUCGCACCGUAUUAAACACAAGGACAGACCGUCGAUUUUAACUCCUAGUUCCAGGACUUCCGAAGCUCCUCAAGGCGGCAGUUCAGGAUCAAGUCCUGAUGUUCAUAGACAUAAAAAGUCACAUUCUCUCGAUGCAGGCGCCCAUAAAUCUGUCAAAGGAACCAGCACUCAGACUGUAAGGGAAAGGUUCCGAUGUAUUGCUCCAUAUCCUCCUAAUAGUGAAUAUGAAUUAGAGUUGCAAGUAAAUGAUAUUAUAUAUGUUCACAAGAAACGAGAAGACGGAUGGUACAAGGGAACUCAGCAACGUACCGGCAAAACAGGUCUCUUCCCAGCCAGCUUCGUCGAAUCGUUUUGAAAGUUCAGGAUAGAUAUCAGAUGGACCUGUUACUUUUUCGUAAAUUUCAUUCUACUAGUGUUUAUUUUGUUAGGUAAAAAAAUCAGUAAGCUUUAAAUUUUUAAAAAGUGUUAAAAAAAUUAAUAAUUAAACUUAAUUUUUUUAAGUAAAAAAUUGAGGGACCCAGUUAGUGGCCUUAGCCUAAAAACUUACGUAUAUUAUUACAGUUGGCAAGUCCCCAAUAGUGGAAUAAAAUUUCAAGAGAUAAUGUUAAGUUUUCUUCAUAAUUAUUUAUUUUAUAAUAUAAAUUUAUUAAUAGUACUUUUACUGGUAGUCAUAAGUACUCAAAAAAUAGUUUAUACUAAUACUCAGUUCAAAUAUAGCCAAUUAGCUUUUUUAUAAUGGGUAAAUGUAUUAACGAAAAAUCAAUUGUUUGCCAUUUCGCAGUGCAAUAAUCGCAAAGUAUUUAAAAAAGUUUUGUAUACAGGAAAUACUAAUAUAAAUAUCAUAUACUUACAUAUUUUAGAGAUCCUAAACUCAUGUAUUAGUUUCAUAAUAGUCGACUUAUACCGAUGGUUUAGGUGCAAUAUCGCUCAUAUUUUGACAACCUUUCAGGAGAGAUAAAAACUGUAUAGUUUUCUAAUAUAAUUGUAUUAUUUAAUGGCAACUGUAGGCAAUUCUUAUAUAUCUACCUAUCCUAUUGCACCACAAGUUAGUUAAUAAGUGAUAUUUACUCUUACUUUAAAUGUUGUGCCAAAAAUUAUAUUUUACACGUUCCUUAAUAAAAAUAGUAGUUAAAAAAAUAACGCCACGAAUUAAGCCUUAAUUUAAUUAGGUACACAAGAUUUAACAUCCUUGGUAACUUUUUUUUUAACUAUCGCAGUAAUUAGUUUUUUUAUAUUGCAGUGAAUCUCAUUUUCUUGCAAAAAACUCGAUUUCACGCAAAUUGACGAUACGUGGUAUUGCGCCAAGGCCAUCAAUUUACGAAAUUAAUCAAAAACCUUUCUUAAGGUAAUAACAGAUUAUAUUUUCAGUUUCUUAAAUAUUUUUAUAAAGUGAUUGGACCUAAUUUCAAUCUUGCAAAAAAUCAUUAACCGUUAAAUUCUAACAAAAAUCCCUAAAAUUGUGCCAUACACAAUGUCUGUUUAUUUUUUCUUAAAUUCUUUAUAUAACAUUGUCUUAAAAAUUAUUUAUAUAUCCUAUACUCAUAUCAUCCAAUCCAAUAUUACCCUAAUCAAUUGCACUUUCUACAUUUUUUUGUUCAUCUUAUAUGUGUAUUUUUAAAUAUUUAAAUGUCUUCAUGGUACUAAAUGCAUUAGAUUUCCUUUUUUGAAGAUUAUAAUUCAAGGACAUUCUCCGUUGAUUAAUUAUAUUUGAAAUGAUAUUGUGAAAUUAAGUAAAUACAUUUUUUCAUCUAUUUCCUUUUUUAUUUAUCUUCGACGCCCUAUAUCGCUUUAGACAAAAAUCUCUAAUGCUUCUUCUUUUCCUCCCAAAGCAUUUCCGGACGAGAAAAAAAAGAUCUGCAUUUUCCAUUGCUAUGAUGCCCAUUUAAAAAAAAAUAUCACAACAUACAUCGUCUCGUUUCAGAAAUACGUUUUUACUGGUCGAAACAUACGCGGUACAUGCUGCAGCAAAAGCGCACGCAUAAAAACAAAUUUUUAAUUUUUUUUUUGAUUCGAAACUUGAUACCGUAACAAUGCCGUCAUUACUGUGGACGACUAUGAUAAUUAUUUGUGGAAUUAUUCAUUUCGAGGACCAGAAAAUUGAAUGCAUUCACCGGGACCGUCGAAAGUUUAUCGGGCCGGAGACUGGUUGGCGUGACGUCACGUUAGUGGCCGUGUAUUGCAGCUUUGCCCCGUUUAAUUAACACACAGAGCGGCGUCGAAAAUAUAUUUAAAUUUAAAUAUCUUGGAAACAAUUACUCGCAGUAAGUUGAAGUAAAAAUUAUUGGACAUGGAAUAUUUUUAGCCAUGAAUUUAAAAAGUUACUUUAAGUUGAACUGCUAAUUAUUUCAAGAAAAUGAACAUAAUAUCUCACAAUUGCCUAGGAUAAAAUUAUGUUAAAACAAGAUAAAUAUUAUACACGUUUUAUUUCAAAUAAUAUAUUUUCCGAAAAAAAAAUUACUCAAAAUAUUAUACACAAACCUAUUUAAAGUGUUUGUACAAAAACAAAAAUAUAUAGGUUACAAAAAAAAUAAUUUAUAAAUAUACUUAAUUAAUAUCUAAACAAAAAUAAUUACCUACAAAAACUAAAUCAAUUAAAAGUUUAAAUUCAUCAAGUGAAAAGGUGGGUAAAUUAGUCAUAAAACAAAAAACAUAAACAAAUUAAAAAAUUGCAAAUUAAGGAUCAUUGGCCUUCAGUACAUUUUCGAAUUCUCUUUUUUUUUCCAACUUCCUCGAUAAUAUUAUUUUUGGCCUUGCUAUAAUUAUUUAAAAGGAUAUUUGUAAAGGUGUUAACAUAUUUUUCAUUAAGUGUUGGUAAGUUGUUACCACAGUCACAAUUGUAUUUAUCCAUUUCAAAAUUUGCUACCUCCAGUUUUUUUAACGCAAGUAUUUUAAAAAUGAUUUUGUAGGAAAAUUCAGUGAAAUUUAAAAACGUCUUUUCGUAUCAUUCAGAAAUAAUAGCUUAAAACAAAGUGUACAUGGUUAUAAUUAUAUUAUUAAAAUAAUCUUUGGCAUACUCGAGUCAUAUCUUAAAUCAUUAUCAGAUAUGCUUAUUUCGUUAUACAACUAAGAAUCAUUAAAUGUAUUAAUAAUAGUAUCAGUAGUGGUACUGUUAAUCACUGAUGCUUUGAGUGUUCAAGUAUCGGUUAUAUUGAAAAACUGUUUCAAAACGAAUUUUCCAUUUGGGCCCUAAAACGCUCACUGUGUAGUAUUAUUGCAAUAGUAAUAUUUAAAAAGCGAGGCGCGAUGCGCGAUUCCCGCCGGCCACUAGUGUGACGCAAUUAUUGUGGAGGGGAUAUAGUCUCCGGCCCGAUAGACUGUCGACGGUCCCGCAUCCAGCCUUUAAGAAUCGUGCUGUAAGUGCAAAAUUAUAUAUUAAAUUAAAUACAUGGCAGUGUAGAAUUUAUAAAUUUUUAUAUGUUUAAAAAUAUUUUUUUGUUUUUCUUUUCGUUGAUAUAAGUUCAAUUUUCUUUCCUUUCUUUAAAAAGAGAUUUGAGUUAAACGAUAGAUUUAAAAUCAAACCGGUGAAAAAAUUAAAUAAUUUUUUUUUGUUAUAGGUGUUUUCCAUUGGAUCUUAAAGCCCAAUUGAAACGCGGUUAUGUGUCAGAUUUACUUUUGCUCUAGGUUUCUGUAGAUAUAAUAAAAUUAGACGUUACCCGAAUCUGCUGUAAUUUCCAUAAUUAUAAAAUAACCUUGAAAUUGAGACUGGGUCAUAAAAAAAGCAAUGAAACGCGAACCUAAUUUCAUUUUUGCUUCUUCAACUCGGUAGCGUUUGAUGGAUGUUGCUCGCAGUCGUAGAACAUAUAAAAUCGAAAGUAUGCCAUAAGCAGAUUUUCUAUAAACGUACAAAUUAUUCAAGUUAUUUACAAUGUUCUCUUCAAUAUCAUUUCAAAUAUUAAUUCCCUUAGUACUUAGUAAUGUGGGAUUAAUGUGUUCAGCAUAAUAAAUUUAAUAUUAAAGUUAUGUAGCAUUAGAAAAUUCUUAAAGAAUAUUCUUAUAAAUAUAGUUAAGUGGUAUUUUUAGAUAACUGGUAUUAAACAUGUAACGAAUUAUUAGAGCUUAGGUUUGUGAAUUACUUGAAGGUGAUUUUUAACGCAUGUUUUGAAAUAAUUUAUUAAUAAAAUCUUUUCGCGUCCAUCAUCAUAAUGAAAAUAUGCGUUUUAAAUAAGCUUCGAAUGUUCAUGUAAUAUUAGAUUAGCAAAUCUGGUUGUUGUGUUUUUAAUUGUAUUAUUUAUUUGCUUAUAACUUAUUUUAAUUUAUACUAAUGUCUAAGGAGAAUAACAGUUAAAACGAACAUUUUUAUCAUAUAUAGUAACUCUAUUAUUAUAUAUUAUGAAGGGAGUUCCGUAAGCAUGGACAAUAAUUCAAGUGAGACUCAAGACCAAAUUCUACAUGUAAAAAACUUCCUCCAUGUUGUUCAAUGCUUAGGCAACUCUCAAAUAAGUUUUUACUUAAAAUAACCACUUAUUAUAUGCAGUUUUUGCUCAAUUUUUCUAUGUCCCUGAAAUUAUUAUAUUGCAUGAUCACAUUUUCUCUCCUAGUUUAUUAUAGUAUAUAUUUAUUUGUUAAUUUAAUUAUUUUUAAUUUUGGAGUAAAAUUUUGUAUAUUGAAUUGUAAA